CCGCCUGCUGCCGCCCUGUGCCCCCCUUGCCACGUGGGUGGGAAGGCUGCAAGAGGAGCGAAGUUUGCAGGAAGGGGGAAGCCAAGCAGCGAUGGAGGCUGGCCCCGUGGAAGGAGAUCCGCCGGGAAGUGAGACAGGUGCUAUAGCGGACAGUCUGGGCAGUCAACCUUCGUACCGUUGUGCCCCCGAGGUGACCAAGGUCGAGCACUACGAUUUGGCGCCGUCGUCGUCCUCUUCCUCUGUCUGUCACACACCAUCACCAGGGCUGCCGUGGGCCCAGCGUGCUCGGCUACAACCAGCCAGUGUGGCGCUGAGGAAGCAGGAAGAAGAGGAAAGCAAGCGCUCCAAGGCGUUGUCAGACAGCUAUGAGCUCUCCACAGACCUUCAGGACAAAAAGGUGGAGAUGCUGGAGCGGAAAUAUGGGGGCUAUUUCCUAAGCCGGAGGGCAGCCCGCACCAUCCAAACGGCCUUCCGCCAGUAUCGCAUGAACAAGAAGUUUGAGCGCCUGCGCAGUUCAGCGUCCGAGAGCCGCAUGUCCCGGCGGAUCAUCUUGUCCAACAUGCGGAUGCAGUACUCCUUCGAGGAGUAUGACAAGGCCCAGAGCGCCCCUUACUUUGAGGGCAAGCCCGCCUCGCUGGAUGAAGGGACUAUGGCCAGCGCUCGCCCGCACCUGCUAGACCGGGGCCUUCCCUAUGGCGGCUCCUGCCGGGCUGGCUUGGAAGGUGGCUCCCUGCAUUCCUCGUCUGGGGGCUUCUGCAACGAUAUCACGGAGCUGGAGGACUCCUUCUCUAAGCAGGUAAAAUCUUUGGCAGAGUCCAUUGACGAAGCUUUGAACUGCCACCCACUGGGGCAGGAGGGAGGGCCGGGCGGCCCCUCUUUGGAGAAGAGCGAGUCCAAGGAGCAGCAGGGGGACAGCGCAGCCACUUCUUUCAGUGACGUGACGCUGUACCUGGACGAGGGAGGUCCCACGUCGCCCCUCUCGCUGGAGCGCCCACCCAGUACUGAGCCGCCCGAGUCCGGCGGAGGAGUGCCCAUUCCACCACCCCCUCGGCCAGAGUACUGGGGCGGGCCCCAGCGGGAGGAUAGCCGGGAGAAUGGGGGUGGUAGCCGGCGCAGCACGCCUUGUAUGGAAUGCCGGGACUUCCGCCUGCGCGCCGCCCACCUCCCGUUGCUGACCAUCGAGCCUCCCAGCGACAGCUCGGUGGAUCUCAGCGACCGCUCUGACCGGGGCUCUCUGAAUCGGGGCCUCAUGUAUGAGCAAGAUGGCUGCAGCCCCCAUGGCACCCUCAAGCACCCCGGCGGGCCCACCCGUUCCCCGCACCCGCACCGGCACUAUCACCCUGAACCAAACCAGCCACCCCCACCUCUGCCUCUGCCGCCCCCUCAGGCCCCCGGCCGCCUGCCCCCGCCCCCUCCGCCAGACAACUCCGACGGAGACAACGACAGCCUCAACAGCACCACCAACUCCAACGAGACCAUCAACUGCAGCUCAGGCUCCUCCUCCCGCGACAGCCUCCGGGACCCUCCCCCACCUGCCCCCGCCACCACCUCGGCCCCCGGCGGGCCCUGCAAACAGACCUACCAGCGAGAGACGCGGCACAGUUGGGACUCGCCUGCCUUCAACAACGAUAUCGUGCAGCGCCGCCAGUACCGCAUCGGCUUGAACCUCUUCAACAAGAAACCUGAGAAGGGGAUCCAGUACUUGAUUGAGAGAGGAUUCCUAUCGGACACACCGGUGGGCGUGGCACGCUUCAUACUGGAGCGAAAGGGGCUGAGCCGGCAGAUGAUCGGUGAAUUUCUCGGUAACCGGCAAAAGCAGUUCAAUCGAGACGUCCUUGACUGUGUGGUCGAUGAGAUGGACUUCUCCGGCAUGGACCUGGAUGACGCUUUGCGGAAGUUCCAGUCCCAUAUCCGGGUGCAAGGUGAAGCUCAGAAGGUGGAGCGCCUCAUAGAGGCCUUCAGCCAGCGCUACUGUGUGUGCAAUGCUCCCUUGGUGCGUCAGUUCCGGAACCCAGAUACCAUCUUCAUCCUGGCUUUCGCCAUCAUCUUGCUUAAUACCGACAUGUACAGCCCCAGCGUCAAGGCAGAGAGGAAAAUGAAACUAGAUGACUUCAUCAAGAACUUGAGAGGGGUGGAUAACGGUGAGGACAUCCCCCGUGAUCUAUUGGUUGGGAUUUACCAGCGGAUUCAGAGUCGGGAGCUGCGCACCAACGACGACCAUGUCUCUCAGGUCCAGGCAGUCGAGCGCAUGAUUGUGGGCAAAAAGCCGGUCCUCUCACUGCCCCACAGGCGCCUGGUUUGCUGCUGCCAACUUUACGAGGUACCGGACCCCAACAGGCCCCAGCGCCUUGGGCUGCACCAAAGGGAGGUCUUCCUCUUCAACGACCUGUUAGUGGUGACGAAGAUAUUCCAGAAGAAGAAGAUCCUCGUGACCUACAGUUUUCGCCAGAGCUUCCCUCUUGUUGAGAUGCAGUUGCAGCUCUUCCAGAAUUCCUAUUACCAGUUUGGGAUCAAGCUGCUCUCAGCGGUCCCUGGUGGGGAGAGGAAAGUUUUGAUCAUCUUCAACGCCCCCAGUCUGCAGGACCGGCUACGAUUUACCAGCGACCUGCGGGAAUCCAUUGCUGAAGUCCAAGAGAUGGAGAAGUACCGUGUGGAAUCGGAGCUGGAAAAGCAGAAAGGGGUGAUGCGCCCCAACGCCUCCCCCUCCUCUGGGCCCAAGGACACGGUGAACGGGACGCUGGCCCGGAGCAGCCUGGAGGAUGCCUAUACAGUGGGGGAAGGCCUGAAGCGUGGCGCCCUCAGCAGCUCCCUGCGGGACCUCUCUGAUGCUGGCAAGCGGGGCCGCCGUAACAGCGUGGGAUCCCUGGACAGCACCAUUGAAGUAAGUGGGCUGGAGCCAGGUGUGUGUGUGGGGAGGGUGGGCCGCAUGCAGAGGGGUCGCCCCCUCCCUCCCUCCUCUCUCUGCCUUGCAAGCCUUUCUGUUCUUUCUUUGCUUGUGCAUCUGCCCCCUCCUCUGCCCACCCCGUCUCUGUUCAUGGCGUUCAAACAGAGGUUCAAAGGAGGCAGUGUUUGCCUCCUUGGCAGGGGAGAGCGGGUCCGAUUUUCACAGCAUGCCUUGCUUUUAGCUGACGCCAACCGUCGGGGGCAAACGGUGGUCUUCUUUGACCAUUCAGAACCUUAAAGGCAGUCCACAGCGACAGGAGGGUUUUACGCAGCCGAUGGUCUGACGCCCGGCCUUUCUUUUUCUGUCUGUCUGUCUUUUUCUCUCUUUUUCUCUCCCUCUUUCCCCCCCCCCCCGCCCGCCUUUGCUGUUCCUUUCAGGGGUCUAUUAUUAGCAGCCCACGUCCCCACCAGAGAGUGCCACCGCCGCCUCCUCCCGAGGAGUACAAGCCCCAGCCUCGGCCCCCCUCAAACUCCUCCUCUUUCCUGGGUUCCCUCUUUGGCAGCAAGCGGGGGAAGGGGCCCUUCCAGACGCCUCCCAGCCAGGCCUCGGCUUCGUCCUCUUCCGCGUCUUCCUCACACCACCACCUCCCUCCACACCAUCCCCACCACAUCCACCCCUCCCUGCCCGACGGCAGCCAGUCCAAGCUGCAAGCCCUCCACGCCCAGUACUGCCACGGCCCUUCCGCUCAACCCCCACCCCCCUACCCGCAGCAGCCACCGCCGCCGCCACAGCCAGCCCCGCCUCCGCCCCCCCUAGCGCUGCCGUCCAACCCCUUGCCGCCUCAGGUGCAGCGCUACCACCACUCCCAGCAACCUCCGCUCUCAGCCCCCCCGCAAAAGCAAGCCGUCCCAGCCUUCCCCAC